UUCGAGCACUUGCGAUCCCUGCAUGACUGUGUUAUCAUGCACCAGUGUUGAUGGAAGAACAUUCUUUCUUCGAACAGUUGCCUCCUUCAAAGCGGCAUGAAGUUGAGGUUCGUUUUAACAUUGCGUUUGUCAUUUCUCAACAGUCGCAACUAGAUAUAUUGAACCAGACUGCUCCACAAAUCAAUCAACUCGAGAACAAUUUGCUGGCUGCUAGAGCAACCUAUCAGAACACUCUAACAGAACAUUCGAGUCGCCUGAAUGCCAUCGGAAAGCGGCUUGGUAAAUGUGUUCAACGUGCCAGACCAUAUUACGACGCAAAAGCAAAACAAGCUGAACUAACUCGGGAAAUCCAACGGGCGACUGAGCGAUACAACAGGGCAAAUGAUCUACUGACAGCUUCCUGUCAGGCCCUUUCCAAGUUGGAAAAUGCCACACCCACCGGGACACGACAGGUUGGAGAUGUGGUCAGUUUGGAAGCGCUCAAUCAGUGCAUUUUCAAAGUGAAUGAGGCUAAACGUGAAGCACUUGAGGCGAAGGAACAACAUGAACGACUUCUGGCCACGUACAACGACACGGAAAAAUCCAUUCACAACAUGGAACGCAGACUUAAAAUGGACAUUAAAAAAGCCCAGCUAUAUUUUUCAACGAAACAGCGGUUCGAUGAACGUAUGCAGGAGGCCAAACUUCGUGUUGAAAGCUGUGCUGAUAGGGUCAAUUUGUGUAAGUCCCUGUAUGCGGAAGCCAUGUUAAAAUUGGAACAAAUUUCUGAAUCUCUUCACGACACCAGACGACGGAAAACACUGGAUCUGGAUACAAACUCCAGGUUCCUUCAUGAUGACGGAAGUCCAUCGCCACUUGUUCGUGGUCAGGGUGUGGGUGCUGAUUCGCUCGAGUGUAUUAACGAACCAGAUUGCCGGGCUGUACACAGUCCCGUUUGCAUACACGCUGGCAGUGCCGCACCUUCACGCAUCUCCUCUGAGUUCUCAUCUGCCCCUGAUUUAUCCUCACCCAACUUAGUAUCACUCCACUCCGAAACGGUCCCAGUCGAAAUCGUCACCGGCCUCAUUCAGAACGUUCACGAGGCUGAAUCUGAAUUGGGGGCAUUCCGUUUGGCUGUGACCUCGUCCAAUCCAACUUCCGAAAUGUCUGUCGCCUCGUCAUCAACUGGCGCAACCUCUUUGUCAUCUUCAGUUUCAUUUAGUUCACAAUCAGAUGUAAACGAAUUACCGCAACGACUGAGCGCUCCUAGGUUCCAUACAACUUAUAACCAUAAUGUAGAUAAUGUUGCUCCCCAGUUCGUGGAUCUUGAGAUGGACGCGUUGUCUCCUAAUUUUUCCGAAUCUAAGAUAAAUGCUCGAUCCCUUUCUUAUGUGCAGUGCGCUCCACUUAAAAGUAAUUACUCUGAGAAAUCCCUUUCUUGUGACUUGUCCGGUUUGACGCUUUCAAACUGAUUACUCACUUACACUUGCUUUCCUUACCCCAUGUACAGCUUAGUGAAUCAAGACAACAAUACUGUGUUCUCUGUCUCUGUCUGUCUUACUGUGUAUACGAAGCAGAAUCAUUUCUUAUGUGGCAGUGUGUCUAGUCACUACCGUUUUUGCACCGUCGCCCGCUGAUAUUUGAACACCACCCAUCUUUCAGUCCGCCUGUUAAGAAAAUUGAUUCAUGUGCUUGGGUGUUUAUGUCCAAUGCUCUGAGUUCG